AUGCCGGCGGAAACUGAAGGGAAGAAGAAGGGCAAGAAGCGGGGGAAGAAGGUCCUUGACCCGAUUGCCCUCGAACGUGCCCGCAUUGAGGAGGCGGAGAAGCAAAGGCGGGAGGAAGCCAUGCUACUCGCCCGGCUACGGGAACUGAAGGAGGAGGAGGAGGCCAUGACACUGAAGGCUUCCAAUACCGUGGAGGCACGAUGGAUGGUUUUCCUGCGGGAGUGCAAACAGAAGGAACUUAUCGCCGAGAUUGAAAUUGUCCGGCGCGCGUUUGAAUCGGCCAUUGACCGGAAGAAUGCCGUAAUUGAGAUGCUCUUCAACGACCUUGAAGAGGUGGAGGAACAGCACCGUCUCGUGUUCCAUUCCAACAUGACGACAGUGGAUGCUCUCAUUGAAAUGCAGACGAGGCGCAUGGCGGAUUUGGAGGCCGAGUUUGAGGCAGACCUUCUCGAGAUGAAGGCAGACUACGAGAAGGAGAUGCUGGAACUGGUCCGCAAGCACGAGCACGAGGUAGCGGAUCUCAAGCUUAUUCUUGACAACAUGGCCUCGGAGGCGGAACUGCUCGAGAAGAAGCUGCAGGAAGAAACAUCCGAGGCACGUGAUACAGCACUAGAAAAAAUGGAGGGGGAGCGAAAACAAAUGCAGAAUGAUCUUGUUAAAAUUAGUGAAUCCAUUAGAGUGGAGUUGGAUGCACGUUAUAAGGAGUUUAUGACAACGGCACAAGUGAACAUGAAGGAUUACAUGGACAAAUCUAAAGAGGAUGCAGAGACGACAGAGCGUAUUGCCUCGCAGUUUGAACGUAUUGAGAAGCUUCAGGAAAGUGUGA